CGAAGUAGAUAGAGCGGGCGCCGGGUGUGUAUAUCGCGGAUUUAUAUCGUUUCACCUUGUAAAUCAAAGUCUCGAAACACCGGUUUCCAUCAUGUAAUCAGAGGUCAGGAAGGCCAGUAUUGUCAGUGAGGAUUUGGGAAUGUCGAGAAGUAAAUCUGAUUUGAUUUCGAUGGGGUCGGGCGUUGGAAAGGCCCGGUGAUAAGUGGACGAGAUGGCAGAGAAUGGGACAGGUUGUGGAUAAGCGGCGCUGUGGCGAUACAACAACUGUGUCUGGGUGUAUCUAUAGGCAAAACAUCUGGAAGCAUCAUAAUAGGUGAAUGGGAGUUUUGGCCACCCUGCUUGGGACACGUCUUUGUUCAGCUUCGUCACGCUUCUGAACAGGACCUCCAUGCUUCAAUGAGCGCUACAAUCAGCAUUCUCUGGACUCUUGACAGGGGUUCGGUACAACAGAGAGUUGGUCAAGCAAUAACCCAAUUAACACACAGUGAUUGUGUCUGCAUUCAUUGAUCUACCAGUACAACCUACUACACACCCUCUUCAGUGUCUUCUAAUACUCAACUGGUUCAUUUCUGGACCUGAAAGGGCCCCCCAGUUGUGCAAAUUAAAACUGUGCCCCAGUGUGCUAGGAUCUGGCCUGGGAUUAUCUCUUAAUACAGCUUGGUGAUAAUUCAGAUUAUUAAGUGACGACAAUACGUUUUGCUGCCACACGCCGAAGCGCCUCUUCACUGAUCAACUGGAACUGCUGACAUGCGGAUGCUGGUCAACGGUCGGUGUGCUGUGUGCAGUCAACUGUCCUAAUGACGAUGUUUCCUGCUGCUUUGGAUGCAUGUGUGUAUGUCGGUGUACGGAAAUUCACAGAACCACAGCUAGUGAUUCAGUGUUGUUGAAAAUAAACAGAAACAUUCAUUUAUUUUACAGCAAAGAAUUCUGCAGUUUAAACAUGGUUUUGGGAGAGCUGAAGACAACAAGCGACAAGAAGACGGUAGACCACCUUCUACAUCUACUCUGAACUCUAAAGCUAUUUUUUGACCAGCAACCCUCACCAGACUGUAACUUGUUUUGAAUUAUGAACUCUCUGCAAAGUCUCGGUCGGGAUGGCUCCCGCACGCCGGACUUCGAAGACCCGUACGACUCGCGCUACGAGACCAAAUGGGAAGCGACCCCAAUCAAGCCCUUCAAGACCCAGAAUGAGUACCUGUACGCGAUGGUGGAGGACCUGGCCGAGUGGCUCAACAACCUCUAUGCCCUGGAAACCAGCCCGGACAACUUCUUUGAGAAGUUGGAGACGGGCGCCGUGCUCUGCCAGCACGCCAACAACAUGCGCCGGGUGGCCAUCGAGUACCGGCAGAUCCACGGCGCCAAUGAGAAAGACAUCGUCAUAAACGACAAUGACAUCAAGUUCCGUUUGGAUGCCAAGGAAGGGUCCUUCAAUGCCCGAGACAACAUUAGCAACUUCAUCUCGUGGUGUCGGCACUGCCUGAACAUCAAGGAUGUCUUGCUUUUUGAGUCGGACGACCUGGUGCUGCGCAAAAACGAGCGUAGCGUCAUCCUGUGUCUCCUGGAGGUUGCGCGACGGGGAGGCAAAGUCGGCAUGCCCGUGCCGCUGCUGGUGCAAUUUGAACAGGACAUUGAGCGUGAGAUCAAUGCUGGCUUGAUGGAGCGCACAUCGGAGUUCGGCGUCCACUCAGAAGCCGACUCAGAACCGUCCGUCGAGCCAGCCUCCCCUACCAGCUCAGCCACCACCACCGACAUUGAUCAUGAGCUGGGCUCGGGCUCGGACGCCGACCAUGAAAUGGACUCACAGCGAUCUGAAUCCCCGGACCUCAGCAGUCUAAAUGGCAUCAACCAUAACAACAACCCGUCCUCCAUUCCGUCCCGGAUGCGAAAGGGAAGUAAGAAGUCGCGUCUGCCGAAGCCCUUGCCUCAACAACCUCGGUCUCGCGGAACAGAUGGGUACGGGAAUGCUGACAUUGAUGCGAUAUCUGAGCAAGAUCUAGGCCCACCACCUCAGGUCAUGUUGGAGCCAGAAAUACUCAAGUCUCUUCAUGAAAGGGUGAGUGAAUUUUGUGUUUUUUGUUUUUUGUUUUUCUUUCCAGCUGUAUUUUCUCAUCCAAGACCAAUUCAUGUACAUUGACUUUGAAAGAUAUCAAAAUCAAUUUUUUUGUAACUCUUUUUUGUUAAAGUUUCUUUCCCUGGCAGGUUUUAUUGUAUUUUCUCAUCCAACACCAAUUCACGCAGGUAUACAUGUACCCACAUUGACUUAGCUAAUGAAAGA